CUUUGCGGCGGUGUGGCGGGGUUUCACGACAGUUGGCCCCGCCGCUUUGCGGCGGCGUGGCGGCCAUGGCGGCGCGGUUCAGCGGCGUCCUGCAGCUCACCGACCUCGACGAUUUCAUCGGCCCCUCACAGGAAUGUAUCAAACCUGUCAAGGUGGAAAAACAGGCUGGAAAAGCAGCAGCAAAGAUCAGGAUUGAGGCAGAUGGGAGCUACUUCCAGAUUGAUCAGGAUGGGGGAGCACAGAAGCUGGAAAAGGCCAAAAUCACCCUGAAUGACUGCCUGGCCUGCAGUGGCUGCAUCACUUCAGCAGAGAGUGUCCUCAUCACCCAGCAGAGCCACGAGGAGCUCUGCAAAGUGCUGGCUGGCAACAAGGCUGCUGCUCCCAAUGAACAGAAAUUGGUGGUGGUCUCUGUUUCCCCUCAAUCCAGAGCUUCCCUGGCUGCAAAGUGUAAAAUGGGUGUUCUGGAAACAGCCAAGAAGCUGACAACGUUCCUGAAGAGUUUAGGUGUGCACUAUGUUUUUGACACAACUUUCUCCAGAAACUUCAGCCUGUUGGAGAGUCAGCGGGAGUUCGUGAGACGCUUCCGCAGGCAAACCAAGGACAGAAGGGCUCUGCCAAUGCUGGCCUCUGCCUGCCCAGGUUGGAUCUGCUACGCAGAGAAAACCCACGGCAGCUUCAUCAUCCCCUACAUCAGCACCACCAAGUCUCCCCAGCAGGUCAUGGGCUCCUUGGUCAAGGGUUAUUUUGCAGAACAGCAGCACCUGACCCCUGACCAGAUUUACCACGUCACAGUGAUGCCCUGUUAUGACAAAAAGCUCGAGGCCUCCAGGCCAGACUUUUUCAACCAGCAGUACCAAACCAGGGAUGUGGACUGUGUGAUCACCACAGGAGAAGUGCUAAAGCUGUUGGAACAAGAAGGAGUAUCUCUCUCAGAUGUAGAUCCUGGUCCCUUGGAUACCAUGCUCAGCAGUGCAGCAGAGGAGCUCAGCACCCACCCUGGAGGGGGCUCGGGGGGAUACCUGGAGCACAUUUACAGGCACGCAGCCAAGGAGCUCUUUGGGAUUCAAGUGGAUGCCAUUGAGUACAAACCUCUAAAAAACAAGGACUUCCAGGAGGUGACUCUGCAGAGGGAUGGAGAGGUCCUGCUCCAGUUUGCCCUGGCUUAUGGAUUUCGGAACAUCCAGAACCUGGUGCAGAAGCUGAAACGGGGGAAGUCUCCAUAUCACUACGUGGAGGUCAUGGCCUGUCCCUCAGGUUGUUUGAACGGAGGAGGGCAGAUCAAGCUGGAGGGGGGAUCCAAGGACGAGCUGCAGCACGUGGAGAGGUUGUAUGAGUCUCCAAAGGCUGAGAUUCCAGAGGAGAACCAGGCUGUGGCUGAGCUGUACGAGCACUGGCUGGGAGGCAGGGACUCGGAGAAGGCUGUGGGAACGCUGCACACGGAAUAUCACCCCGUGGAGAAAGCAAACACGAGCUUCAACAUCAAGUGGUGAACACUGACAAGCCCAGAGACACAUCCUCAGUGCCUUUUUAACCCAGCUCUAUUUAUGAUUCUCAAAGGACAGCUGAAGUUCUGUGGAAUUCCUGCCUCUGGAAAGAAGAUGGGAAUGGUCAUAGAGCCCAGCACUAGUAAUUCCUUCAGCUUAAUAACUAUUGAAGAGAUGUAAAUAAAACCCAAACACUAACUUAAAACACGUGUUUAAAGAAGCAGAAAUCCAUCCCAGCCUCUGCACAGUCUCUAUGGGCUGAAUCUGCCCUCCCUUUGCCACCCUAUUCCUACCACAAGUGAUGAAUUUAAGGUGCCAGGGGAUCUGGCUCAGGGCAGGAUUUGGCCUCUCUGGGAUCAGUUUAUCCACUUUUAUGGCUGCCUCUGCUGGAACAUCCUCAUUUAAUUAGAAAUGGUCUAAUUAGGCCUUGGGGUUCUCUAUUUCACUGCCCCUGGAGGCAGCUGCAGGUUCUGUGGCCUCAGGAGGGUUCCGGCAGCCUGGGAGCAGCUCUGGAGCUGCUUUGGGUCCUGAUGGAAUGAGUCUGGAAUGAAUGUUGAA